UAAAUUUCUUUCAUUUUUGUCUGUUUAGAUCAGUAAAAUGAUGAACACGGAUGAUGUUGUGAUCCAUGUUAAAGAAAUGCUGGAGAGAGCAAGCCGACCAAUAACUGAAGAGUGUUGCAUUUACAGAGUACCUCUACUUAUUCGCCAACUCAACCAAGAAGCUUAUACUCCAAAGAUUGUUUCCAUAGGCCCUUAUCACCAUAAUAGUCUCCAUCUUCAGAAUAUGGAAAGACAUAAAGUUAUGUAUUUGAAGUCAUUUCUUGAACGAACCAAUACAAGUAUGGAAAGCUGGAUCCACUAUAUAGCAUCUAAGGAGCCCCUAAUUCGUCACUGUUAUUCAGACGCACUUCAAUUCACCCCGAACAAACUGGUAGAGAUAAUCUCUGUGGAUUCAGGUUUUAUACUUGAACUCUUUUGGACAAGUAACUAUGGUACAGAUGACAUGUAUCUUUCAUUACCAUGGUUUGCAACUACCAUAUUUUGUGAUUUGUUGUUACUUGAGAACCAACUUCCUUUUUUUGUUCUUCAUGAUCUCUUUUGUCUGUCUGUGGCUAAUUUUGGAAAUAAUGACAUCCCUCCAUUCAUCCUACUUACCUUUGGAUACUUUCAGUCUCUCAAUGAGUCAAUUUGUCUUCUGAUCCAAUGUCAUCAUGAUCUACGAUCUCUUACGAACUUUUACUUAUGUGGAGAAAACAAAACUACUCAUGGAGAGGAACCAAUGGCCACAAAUUCAAGUGUUAAUAAGUGGUCAGAAGCAGGAAUAAAGUUUGCAAUAACGAAAGCAAUGAACACGGGGAAGGAUGUGGAUAUUCUCGUUAGAGAUGGAAUCAUGGAAAACUUAUUGGGUGACAGUGAUGCUGCAGCUGAACGGACUAAGCGUCUCUGCAGAAACAUUGUUUUGUCAGAUUUCCAGUUCUGA